AUGAACCGUCUGCCGCCUCUCAACUCAGCUUCUUCUUUUGGCUCUGAUCCAUCGGUAAUCGUUCCAUGUUUCAUAUUAUGUACUGCGUGCGUUUUUAGAAUUACUCUUACAAAGAAAAAACAACUGCGCAUCACGGAACAGACAUUGUGCAUUUGAACGCCGGUGGCAGGAGGUUGAAGCCACGACCAAAAAUGGAAGAAAAGAGUUUUUCAGAUUCACCACCUUGUUAGACACACUCGUUCAAGGGAAAUCUACGUUCUUCCUGAACUUCGUGCGCGUAGAUCAAGUCUCUGGAAAAGUGAUCAUGAAUCACCAGCGAGUUUCGGUAAGACCCGACUGCUUUUUUUUCUAAUUUUGAUUAUUUUGAUUAAAUGUCUUGUCAUAGUUUGAGUAAGAAAUGUCAGAAAGACGAAUCGGGAGCAAUUUUCAUCAAUCGCGACGGGAAACUUUUCUCGUAUGUUCUGCAAUACAUGAGAGACGGUCGAAACACCGUUCUUCCAGAUGACCAGAACCUUUUGAAACGUCUGAGGGUGAGUUUCAUCAUUCGAUUUAUAUAUUUUUCAAACGAAGAAGGGCUUUAAUGUAAGGGUAUAAUACACAAGAGGAAAAAAUCCGUACUUUUCCGAGUUUUCGAUCUUGAUGUUUUCUAAAACAUUUGCAUAGGUCCUCCGUGUGUGGUCCGAAUAUUGUGGAGACAACGGCGAACCGCGUAACAAUUGCAAACGCUGCUUAUAGCAAGUUUCUCACCUAAGCAAAUUUCAGCGGGAGGCCGAAUUCUUCGGAAUAGAAGGAUUGAAACAGGCAAUCAAUUCUGCCCUGAUCCAGCGCAGAACGUCGGCAGAAGACGAAGAUCAAUCCGACAUCGCGCAGAUUCGCAAUUCGGUCAGCCAGAUUGCUAACAACCUCUACUACAAUGGCUUCAAGCGUUAG